AUGGCCAUGGGCAUCCAGCAGCAGAACCACCACCACCAGGGAUCACCGCCCAUGUUCCCCGGCGACUUUGUCGACUACGGCGGCCAGUAUGAGACAAACGACCGCCAGCCGCGAAACACCGCCAACGGCACCGGCAACGGUCGCUACCGCCGCCCUCGAUCGCCCUCCCUCGACGACGACUCUCGCUUCACCACCGGCGCCCCCAGCGAGCAGACAAACUCUGAGCUGCACGACGCCGUCCUCGCCCAGGCGGCCCAUCAACAGCAGCGAGUAGUCCCAACAACCCAGCCCGCCGGCGCGCGCACCCAAGCCCGCGCCGCCGGCCCCCGAAGCGGCCCCCCCUCCAUGGCAAACGCCUCCCAGAACCGCCGCUCAUACCCUCAACCGCCGCCCGUCAACUCCCAACUGCCCCCCUACGCCGGCAACCCCGAAGACGAGUGGUCCCCGGCCUCCCGCGCCGCCGCCGCAGCAGCCGGAGCAUCAGGAGCAGGCGCAGGAGGCUACUCCCGCCGGCGCACAGAACGCCACGCGCGCCGCCAGUCCUCCACCUCCGGCGCGCCCACCGCCUCCGACCCCGCCCUCCAAAUGUCCGGCGGCGCCGCCUCCUCCUCUCCCCGAAUCAACAACAACGGCGACCACCACCCGCAGCGCGCGCCCUCCAACCCCGCCGGCCUGCGCCCGCCCUCCCCGCCGACGGCCGGCAUGAACCUCGGCCUGGCCGGCGACGAGAUCUCGCGCCUGCAGAGCCCGUCCAUCUCCAAAAGCGUUCUGGAGCCGCUGCAGCGCAAGAUGCUCGAGUACCACAACCUGAUGGAGGAGGCGCAGGGCCAGAUGACGCAGCUCGACGCCGAGCUGCGCGCGCUGCAGGAGCGCCGGCGCCAGGCGGAGCAGCGGUUUGUCGAUGCCAAGGGCAAGCACGACGAGUACGAGCGCCAGCACCUCGACGUCGAGAAGGCGCUUCGCGGGGACUACGCCAUGCCCAUCCCUCAACCGCAGCAGCAGCAGCAGAUACACCCGCAGACGUCGCAGCAGCAACACCAGAUGUACAACGACAGCCCGCCGCGGACGCUGGGGCGCCCGGCGUCGAGCAUCAUGAGCUACGACGAGAGGCCGAUGAGCGGGCGCAGCUCGAUGCAGGGGAAGAAGGGCAAGUUCCGGAUUAGCUUGUUCGGGAGGUAG